AUGGCUUCAAAAGAAAACCCUUCUUCCCCAAAACAAUUACGGAUUAUAAAGAAGACUAAAAAAAAUGUAAAUAACAAAAAACAAGGUGGAAAAAUGAAAAAAAAAAAAAUUUCAACCAAAGGAAAUGAUGAAAAAAAUAAACUAAAUGAACUAUAUAAAUUAGAACUUAAAAAUAAUAAAAAACAUAAAAGUAAUAAAUAUGAUAAUGAUAGCGAUGGAAAUUCAUCAAAUAGUUUAGGAUUUUUAAAUGAUUAUGAUGAUAUAAAUGAAAUAUCAAAACAAGUAGCAGAUCAAGUUAGUCUAUAUAAACUUUUAUUAAGGACACGAAUAUUAACACAAAAGGUUUUAUGCCUAUCCAAUAAACUCCCUUUAUUUCCAUUUGUUUCAUGUAGUGAACAAAUUUUAAAUCAAAACGAUAAAGAACAUAACAAAGAUUAUAAUGAGAAUGUCGAAAAUAACAAUUCCAAUGAAAAUUAUAAAAAUACAUUAAAAGAAAUUCAAUCAAGUGAGCAUAAAAUAAAAGAUAACAUUGGUGAAUUAUUAUCUACAUUACAUUUUUUUUUAAAAAAAUAUUUUAUAAAAAAAAAUAUAACAGUUAAUGAAAAUGAAGAUAAUCAAUUAAAUAUUAUAUGUGAUGAAGAAGAUGAAGAAUAUUAUGAAAAAAGAAAAAAAUUGUAUGAUCAAAAUACAACAGAAAAUGAAAAAAAACUUUUUCUCAUUAUUGACACAUGGUUUAAAUAUUCUAAAAAAUCAUGUUUAAAUUUUUUUGAUAUUAUGCAUAAAAUAACAAAAAUAAGUUCUAUUGCAAGUUUAAAAACAUAUGAACAGCCAAUUUCAUCUCAAAUUAAUCAAGUCAUGUUUGGCUUACCAUCUAUAAUAGAAAAUGCAUACCCCCAAGUAUUGAAUUAUAAUGUUAUAGGAGAAAAAAUAUAUGAAAAGUUUUACUCAGAUAACCCAGAUUUUAAUUUAAAUAAAUAUAUUUAUGACGAUGAGAUUUACUACAAAAAAUUUCUCCUUAAUGCAAUCGAAAAUUUGAAGGACAACCAGAAUGAUAACGAACUAUUAAAAUCACAAAAAUCCAUUUAUAAAAUAAAAAAAAAAUAUAAUAAUGAUAAAGCAGAUAAAGGAAAAAUUAAAUCUUUUGACAUUAUACCGAAACUAGCCAAUUUUAUGUUACCCGAAUCCCGAGACACAAAUGUAGAAAGUCAUUAUGAUUAUAUGGACAAUCCUGAACUAGUUAACGUUUUAUUGUCAUCUCUCUUUCAAGAUUGA